GCUAACAUUCAAGCACAUUUUUAUUACGGAAUUUCAUGAAGUAAAGCUUUUUAGUCUAGCUUUUUAAAUAAGAAUACCUACAUUUCCCAGCAUGCAAUGUCAGCGACUCUAAUGCUGACGGUUAUUUCCGGCGACCAGAUGCAGAUGGGGAUUUGCUUCUGAAAAGUUUAAGAAUGGGCACCUUUAUAAAUGUUGUAUUUCUUUUAGGCGUUUGCAUUCCCUCGGCGACCGCUUUGAUCGAGGGGUUAUAUUGUGGCACAAAAAUAUGCUACGAUGUCCUUGGAGUUACAAGAGAGGCUACCAAAUUGGAAAUUGCCCGUGCUUAUAGACAGUUGGCCAGGAGAUAUCACCCAGACAGAUUUCGCGUUGAUGCAAGUCUGGAGGGGGAAACCAGAGAAAGUGCCCAGCAAAAAUUCCUGCUCCUGGCAACAGCUUACGAGACGCUUAAAGAUGAGGAGACUCGCAGGGACUAUGAUAAUAUGCUGGAUCAUCCAGAGGAAUACUACCGUCAUUACUAUGCGUAUUACCGCAGGCGGCUGGCGCCUAAGGUCGACAUCAGGAUAGUGAUCCUCGUUACUGUCUGUGCUAUUUCAGUCUUCCAGUACUACAGCUGGUGGAGCAGCUACACAGAAGCUAUCAACUACUUGUCCACUGUGCCCAAGUACCGCCUCCAAGCCACUGAACUGGCCAAGCAGCAGGGGCUGCUCAACAAAACGAAGAAGGGCCGGAACAAGCGCUCCAAGGAGGAGCUCCGGGAGGAGGAGGAGGAGAUCAUCCGGGACAUCAUUAAAAACAAAAUUGACAUCAAAGGCGGCUACCAGAAGCCCAACGUCCUCGAUAUCCUCCUGUGCCAGAUGGUUCUUUUCCCCUACUACGCCUGUGCUUAUGUAGUGUGGUACUGCACCUGGGUCUACCGCUUCAACAUCUGCAGGGAAGAGUACGGGCACGCCGAGAAGCUCUACAUCAUCCGCAAGUACAUGAAGAUGUCUCAGGCUCAGUUUGACAGCCUCGAGGACCACCAGAGGAACACUUUCCUAGAGAGGCAGCUCUGGAUCAAGGAGAACUACCAGGUCUAUAAGGAGGAGCAAGAGGAGGAGAUGAAGGUGAAGAUGGCCACAGAUCCCAGGUGGAAGAGGUAUCGACGAUGGAUGAGGAACGGACCUAGCAGAAUGACCUUCACUGAAGACUGAGGAUCCUGUGCUUGGACAUGCAUGCAUAUGCUCUUCUCUCUGCAUAUACGUACAUCACUUAUUUGUCAUGUAUGUAUAUGUGUGUGUGUGUGUGUGUGUGUGUGUGAUUGUAUGUCUGUAUAUGAGUCUAUGUAAAUAUCUACAUACGUUUAUGUAUUCUAUAUACAUACGUGUGUGCCAUAUUAAAAGUUAUUCGAUACUGAUAUAUCAAAAUUUUCACAUUUAAAUUAUACCAGUAAUGCCAUCUGAUGGCUUGGGAUUUUACUCAGGAAUCUGUGUAGAUGGUAGGAGAUUAACCCAGAACGAUGGGUUUAAUUUGCCCUUUGCGAAGGAAGCAGAGACCCUGUCUGAGCUCUGAUGCGCAUCUGUUACCCAGGCCUCUUCAUCUGGGGUUUUUUUUUAUUAAAUGAAUUUUGGGUCUGUUUUGAAAUAUGUUUUUAUUACCAACCCCAGUGUUGAAUGGAGAUUCACUACGGCUCCUCCUGAGGUACAUACGCCAGAGCCCACACAAGGUGGCGCUGUUCUGCCCAGAAUCUGACAUGUAAUUCCACGGUAAUGUUAUGAAUUAAUUUGAUCGUGGUUUGGAAGUUCUGACUGUGUGUCUUUACAUAAUAGCAGCUGCCGCACAAAUUUAAAGGUUGCCUCGGAGGAAAAUUGUGGUUGUACAACUGGAGUCGUCACCAAAAGCUGUAGAUAAGUGGGUGGUUUUUAUUUUUUGUACACCACGUUACUUUUUUUCUUUUCUUUUUUUUUUUAAACAAACUACAACAUAUGUUACCUCCACUUACUGAAGUAUGUCAAAGUGUGAUGAAUGCUGAUUCCGCUAAAUAUCAUCGCUUCCAACAGCCUUGCAGGAAUCUGAUACGAGUUGUAUUUGCCUCAGAUGCGUCUACGGAAAUGCGUCCUGCUUGGGAUCGGCUUCCCAGUGCCUGUAUUCUUGGGUUAAGUAGUUGUUUACAUUAGAUCAAAGCUUCCUUGACCUUCUUUUGGGCAUCUGCUGUUUUAAGUUGCAUUGUAUAAGGCGUAAUGGAUGGUGAAAGGUAAUAUGUGUGACAUGUUAUCAUAGAGCAGUGGUUCUCAAACUCGGUCCUCGGGCCCCACUGCCCUGCUUGUUUUCCAGCUAUCCCUGCCCCACACACAAGUCCCAGCUGUCUUUCAGCUUCUGAUUACCUGGAUCAGGUGUGUUCAGUCAGUCAGCAGUGUGUAGGGCAGGAAUAGCUGGGAAAACAAGCAGGGCAGUGGGGCCCGAGGACCGAGUUUGAGAACCACUGUCGUAGAGUAUCUUAGAAAAGAGGCAGGGUUCAAGAUGUCAGAUUAUAUUGUUAGAAUUGAAUACAUCAGUCAGAAAUGACAGGGAAGUAGGGCGAGGACUUUCUGAAACCCUCUGUUAAAAUGUCCACGUUGUACUGUUGGUGAAAACAUGUCGACAGUGGAUCCAUAAACUGCGUUUCAAAUAAAUUGGCUUGAUCCAUUUUUUUGGGUGCAAAGCUGUAAAAUGAAUUUCUGAAGAAUAAAAAUUCAUACAUUUAUUAAUAAA